UGGAUCGAUACGUUAUUAGGGAGCCAAGAGUUGCUGCAGAUUAUCCACAGGGAAAUCAAUUGAUUCAUUUUCCAGUGAAUGCAGGGAAAAACAAUAUGGUACCUUCAGGAAAUGUUUACUAUUCUCCAAGUGGGUCGUUUGCGCAUCAAUUUACUAACAUACAAAAUGCGCCAAAUUCAAGCUACCAUGAUGUUAAUAGAAUGAACUCGCCAGCUUUUGGACAAAUUAACAUGGGCCCUGGUCAAACUCAAAUGGUGACAGGAAUUGAUCCACGUUACUUAGCGAACUAUUCGGACAACCGCGCUCAAUACAUAGUUACAGGUCAACAGAUGCAAGUUGAACCAAGUGCAGCACCCCUCGAUACCGGAUUAGGAGCUAAUUACUUAAACUCCAACUUUGGAGGAGCUGAUAGGAACAAAGUUAAAACUUUCGUUCCACAGGUCUUAACACAUAUUAAUAGUGGACCAUAUACGGAACCACUGAAAAGUAAGACAUUGUAUGAGGGAACUCCGAAAACUUCGUUUCAAACCCAGCAGCAUUCACAAAAAAACCUGCACCAGAAUGCAAUCAAUGCAACACCCAAAAAAUCUGCAGACGGAACUGAAGUCAUCAAAAAAGAACCGCAGAUUACGGCAGUUUCAAAAAUGGACAGACUUAAGGCACUUCAGAAAAGCGGUCCGAGAGCAUUUUCCGGUCCAGUGGAAAAGGUGCUUAAAUGGCAUAAGGCUUUGCAAGAUAUUGGCGUUUUUGUAUUCUAUGAAAUUAUUGCCAAAUGUGUGAGUAUAAGAUCUGGAGAGUCUUGCGCAAAAAACCUUGUAAUAAGGGAUGAGAACGGACCAGCAAUGCAAGUCGUUUAUUAUGAGAUCGAUUUCAUGCUACCAGAGUUAAAACUUCCUUCUACUGUAAGGGUUAUAGGCAGAAUGAUAGCUGGUACCUGUAGACUUCAGGCAUUCAGCGUGCGUCCCGCUACGGGUGACGAUGUAGCGACUUUGCAACGUCGAGCUGCAGUAGCUGCCCAUCACGUUGCACGUCUUUGCAAAGAGAAUGGAGUGUCGCAAUAA